CUUGUCGCGUUGCUCCUAAGCCACCGGACGCAGCAGCAUUCGUGUGAGCGAUCGGUUCCACAGCGCCCUCUUUCCCCUGUGACGCCAGUCGGCAAGUGAGAAAUCGAAUCUACCUUAUGCAGCAGCAGUGCAGGUGUAACAGACACAGCUCUCUUCCCCCGUGCCCGGAUCAGAAGGCGUGCGCGGUUUUUUUCUAGGGUUCGUCGGCCGGCGGGGCGGCGCGGGCCGGCCUGGUCCAGAGCUGCAUCGGCGUCGCCCGCUCGCGCUCCUGCGCUGGGAACAUGGCUGGAAGGCACACCAUUAUUCUCAUGCAACCAUCGCAUAACAGAGGAACCAGAACAUUUAUGGACUUCAAUUCAGUUAACCACGCACUGGAUGGAAUAUGUGGCCUUUAUGAAAGGAAAAUCAGGGAUAUCAACCCUAUGGUCAUGAACUUAACUUAUGAUAUCAAUGACCUGUACAAUUUCAUUGAUGGCCUAACUGACAUAAGUGCACUAGUGUACGACCAGUCGCUUCAUGCUUUCCUACCAUACGAUCGUCGAUGGAUAAAGCAGAAGAUGUUUCAGCACCUGAAGAGGUUGGCACAGCAGUGAAAUGUGGCCGUUAUUGGCCUGUAAAUCAGCAAACAAGUGUGCAGUGCUGUGAUCGUCGCUGGCUAUAAUCAGUAAACAAGCGUGAAAAGGUAUCUUGUUGUGGUUUGUUUCAUGGUGUGAGAUAUCUGGGACUUAUUUCUUGUAAGAAAACGCGAAGCUCUGCGGUAUUCUGGCUUUGAAUGGAAUGGUUUGCCUC